CAUCUUCAGAGACUAAAAACCCUGCUAACUUCUGUCACUGUCUCUGCACCAGUGGAAGUAGAAGAGACACCCACCAUGUCUGCAUGGACCAAAAGACAGGUCAUCUCUGAAAAAAAGUUCAGGGCUGCAAUGCCAGAGAUUUUAAAUUGCAUGUUGGCUGCAGAGACAGUAACCCAGCAUUGCUGUCAACAAUGCAAAACUGGUAAUGCUGUUGUCCGGUGCCUAGACUGUGUUCCCUCAGGAGGUCAGUUUUUCUGUUCAACGUGUGACACAGAGAUCCACAGAAAAAAUGUGUUCCAUGAUAGGGAAGCUAUGUUUGAUGGUUUUUUAAGACCUAUUCCACCAACAUCCUUUGUGGUGAUUGAUGAAAGUGACCAGUAUCAACUCCGUGAACAAGUGUGUAUGCUUCCAAUUCCUCCACCGAUGCAAAUCUGUUCCUGCGGUCCAAACCAAGACUUCACAGUUAUCCCAGGAAAGCAGACUGUCUUAGUGACUAUCAACGGUCCAUACAACCUGUGCCUGCCUUGUAUAUGCUGCCCACUUUGUUCUUCCAAAUGGACUCCUGGGAUUAGUGACUUGCUUGAAUACAGAUACUGGCCAGCAACCACCAGCUGCCAAAUGCUGUUCAAGUUUGAUGUGUUCACAUCAUUUGAGCAGAUUAAAUUAGCUAGCCCAGCUUUAUCCCAACAAGCAUUCCUCAAAAUGCUUGAACAUCGAUCUCUUUGCACUGGUCGGAUGGGUAGUAUUUGUAGUGAUACCUUCCAUAGAGUUUUUCGAGAGUUUGCCUUCUGCAAUUUUAAGAAAGAAGAUCUCUGUCUGAUGGAGCCCUUUAAAUGCCCAGCAUGCACACCAGACAUGCUGGCUAUUUCUGCAGAUGGUAAUAGAAAACAUUACCGGUUCAAGAAGUCCAAAGGGACAGAUGAACCAUCUCUUUUUGAUGGACUGUUCAUCGCUCAAGAUGCCAAAGUAUCUGCCUUUGUUGACCAAAUAAGAAGCCAAAUGUUAAGUAGGACAGGUCAUGAUGUCUGCGGACCGGCAACAUUUGCAGCAGGCAGAGAAAUUUCACAGAAGUCCAGGGCCAAGGUGGAUGAAGAGGGCCUUGAAAUAGCAGUGUGCAGACAUGGAAUCUUGUUGCAAGGCUUGAAUCACUACCGUGGUGAAAUAUAUGCCUACCCAAUGUUCCUGCAGAAGGAACUGGCACAAGCUGCAAAUGCAACCUUCUUUUGUAUGGACAUUGCUUGCAGGUACUGGCCUUAUUUGGAAAAGAUGGCAGAGAAGUUACCUGAGCUCCAACCACUUACCAUGAUGAAGCCUUUUCUAUCUGUAAUGCAUGCCAAGGCUCACACUGGCAAAUGUGAGGUUAAAUGGGGCGGUAGAAGCCAGGAUGGUGCAGGAAAUACUGUUGGUGAAGAGGUGGAACAGGUCAAUAGCUUCCUUUCAAGGGCAGCUCUUACUACAAAGUACAUGACCAAGACAGGCAGAGGAGAUAUGAUAACUGUGCUUGCCAUGGGAUGGAACCAUAGGAAAGUGCAGAGUCUCCACAAGACACUGGCAAAAAGAUUUGUCAAAACUACACAGAGAGCAGAAAUAGAAGCAGCCAAUCUUGAGAGUCUCAAGCAGGAGUUAAACAUAUCUAUGGAGGAUGCAGAUCGGUGGGUGUGUGAUGUCAAGCAAUGGGCAGCCACUGAGAGACACAGUACUCACAAAAGCCAGGAAGAGCUCCAGAGAGAAAUCGAUGAGAUUAUUUAUUCCAUCCGAAGAAAGAAGCAUGAUCUGUAUCGGCAAAAUGACAGCAACCAAACAAGGCAACGCAAACGGAGGAGACUUGGUGAGCUAAAAAAGACACUCAGAGAGAAGAUAGUGCUGUACAACACCAUUCCUGACUGUGAAGAGAAAAUUGACACCGAAGCAGCAUGCAGUCUCUCUGAUGAUUUUAUUCUGCCUUGGGAAGCACAAGGAGAUGUAGUGAGUCUCCGCUUGAAGAGGCGACUGUUUGACCAAGUCAUGCUGGUCAGGCGCAUGGAUGAGGAGAAGAUGAUAAUUGUAAAGGAGAUGACUCAGCAUUAUCAACAUCUAAAAAAAACUUUGGACAAACUGGACAGUCUCCUUCGGGAGACUAAAGAGGACAUCAAGAUCCAUAAUCCGCCUAGAGAGCUGACCGAAGAGGGACACAGGGGGCUAUACUGCUGCAUCUUACACAAGCGCCACAUUCUGCAGCAAAAACUUGCAGCAGUCACCAGCACCUAUGGCAGUGUCAACACAGACCCUUCCUUCUUUACGCUGGAGGAAGAUGUUGAAGAGGAGAGUGAGGACAACAGCAGUCCAGACCUUUCUGAAGAAGAGUUUUAAAGUUUUAGCACAAACAUUGGAAGCAUUGGAUUCAUCAUCUUCCCAAAAUCAGACUCUUGAAUUUUGCGCACACACACAGACACACUCUCUCUCACACACACUCACAUGCGCACACACACACACACUCAGUCUCUCU